AUGGGGGAUGAACAAGAAACGCCGUUAGAUCCUUCGAAGAGAUCACGGCAGGCGCGACAACGGCGGUUGAGGUCGCCGGAGACAAAAAUCCAUGCAGUUAAUAGGGUUCACAACGGAGAAUCCAAAGCUGCAGUGGCACGCAGCAUCAACGUGCCCGAAUCCACCCUCAGAGGGUGGUGCAAACUUACCGAGAGAGUUGAUGAAUUUGAAGUCGGACCGUCGCAAAAAAGAAUAAAACUUGAGAAUACCUCUGCCACCAACACGAUGAGUAAUAUCCCAUCAACAUCGGCUGGACAAUCAAUAGUCAAUGAUGCAACCAUAUAUAAUUCGUAUUUAUACCGUGCCAAUUUGCCUGAUACGACCAAGUCAAAUGUGGCAGCAGCCAUAUUAACUACAUUUGCGAAGAAUUCGGAAUAUUAUGCUCUUUCUGGAUACACGAAUUUUAUUGAAACUCUGGCUAGGACCAACGGUACGUCGUUAGCGUUGAAUAUGCUACAACAGCAACAGCAACUACAACAACAGCUGCAAGUAAUCAAUUGGGGAACCUAA